AUGGUUUCUCUUUGGCCUUGGCGGGGAGAUGACUCGUCGCCCGCCUCCUUCGAGAAAGCCCUCUCCUCGCUCGCUACCAAGAUCACUGCCACGCAGGCCCAGCUCGACAAAACACGCUCAACCUCACGGCGGCUCAAGGUCUUGUGGACCCUCUACCUCACUUUUGCCUACCUGGUCUAUGCGAUCGUCCUUGUCUUGGUUGUGGGCUGGAAGAAUCUCGGCGCUUGGGAAUGGACAGGCUUAGCCGGAGGGCCGGUCGUCAUCUAUGUCACUCGCACCAUUCUUGCUACAUACUUCAACUUCCGGACUGAGUCUCUCAGCGCCAGGCUCAAGGAUCAGCAGAACGAGCGCGCCGCCACGAUCCGCAAGCUGAAGGCGGCAACAAAGUACGACUCUACCCAGGAACUCCUCGAGAAAUAUGGCGGCGAGUCCAAAUCCAAGGCCAAGGGAAAGGAGAGCGAGGACCAGAAAGAGGCGGCCAAAGGGAAGGCAGGGCCGCAUCACGGGCAGCCAGGAACUCCCCAGCGAACAAACCUCCCCCCUCCGCCCACGGCCAACAUUCCUCGCAGCGACACUCGGGGCUCUAUGCUCUCCCAUCCCGGUACCCCCCAGAGCAUGCACAUGGGCUCGGUCCGCGGCAGCCCGCAAGUCGCUGGUUCUCACCUGCAUGACAUGGAGCCCUCGGCCGAAUUCGCCCCCAACGCUUUCGGUCCGGAAGGCGCCCCUCCUCCUGUGGUUGCCGGGACGCAUCAGUACGCCCCUGCUUACCAGGGGCCCUCCGAAGGGCACUGGUACGAUCGUAUUAUGGACUUGCUGCUAGGGGAAGACGAGACGGCGCCCAAGAAUCGGAUCGUGCUUAUAUGCAGCAGAUGCCGGCUUGUCAACGGACAGGCCCCGCCUGGAACAAAAGCCCUCUCCGAGAUCGGCACAUGGAAGUGUAUGGGUUGCGGCACAUCGAAUGGCGAGAUGGACGAAGGCAAGAAGAUUCUCAAAGAGGUCCUCGGAACCCAGUCGCGAGACGCCGACGAUUCGGCCGAGUCCGCCGCUGAGGUUGACGAGGAAACACACGUGGGCGAGGACGAUAACCGUGUCAAGGAGCAGGAGGCUGGCGAAGAAACAUCAGGGUUGAAGAAGCGACAGUCCAAGACUUAA